CCGACCUCGACCCCGCUGUCGGCCAACCCCCCACGCCGGGUGAAGGCGACCACGACCACGACGGCGACGGCCACCAUGUCGACUGUAGGCGUCGUGCUGGAGGAGGGCAAGCUGCUCAGCGAGGCCCUCAGCACCGUCAAAAUACAGGUCCAGCAGAUGAAGCGGCAUCUGGAAUUGGACCAGCUGAUGGACGCGCUGAAGAGUGCGAGUCUGAUGCUCGCCGAACUACGUACUUCCUCCCUAUCGCCGAAGCAAUACUAUGAGCUAUAUAUGGCUGUAUUCGACGCGCUCCGUCACCUCUCAAACUACCUGUAUGAGGCUCACAUGUCCUCUAAACAUCACCUGGCCGACCUCUACGAACUUGUGCAAUAUGCUGGCAACAUCAUACCACGGUUAUACCUUAUGAUCACAGUGGGCUCGGUGUAUAUGUCCAUACCCGACGCGCCAGUCAAGGAGGUCAUGAAGGAUAUGAUGGAGAUGUCGCGCGGCGUGCUACACCCGACCCGUGGGCUGUUCCUGAGACACUACCUGAGCGGGCAGACGCGAAGUAGCCUGCCCGUUGGCAACGAUGAUGGCCCGGGCGGCAACCUCCAGGACUCUAUCAACUUCGUGCUCACCAACUUCAUCGAGAUGAACAAGCUCUGGGUUCGCCUUCAGCACCAAGGUCACUCCCGCGAUCGCGAGAAACGUGAAAUGGAGCGGCGCGAGCUUCGAAUUUUGGUCGGCACCAAUCUUGUCCGCCUGUCCCAACUCGACGGCGUCGACCUCGACCUCUACGAGCGCCUCAUCCUUCCCAGCAUCCUCGAGCAGGUCGUCAGCUGCAAGGAUGUUAUCGCGCAGGAGUACCUCAUGGAGGUCGUCAUCCAGGUCUUCACGGACGAGUUCCACCUGCACACCCUCGGGCCAUUCCUUUCCGCCACCGCACAGCUGCACCCCAAGGUCAACAUCAAGCAGAUUGUCAUCGCGCUCAUCGACCGCCUUGCAUCGUAUGCCGCACGCGAAGCUGAGAACGAAGACCCGGAGGAGGCAAAGCGUCAGGAGGAAGCCGCGGCUAAGCGGCUGGCCGAGAAGGUCAAACGGGCGCGCUCCCAUUCGGCCACCACAAGCACGAACGGUGUGUCUGCGGAGCAAACUGUUGCAAGUGAAUGGGCGAGCCCGCCCACAAGCCCGACAGUUGCUGACACGGAGAAGAGCUUUGGGGCGAUGAGCGUCAAUGGCGAUACGUCGAGCGCGGACGUGGAGAAAGCGAGCGAGAAGACAGCCGAAAGCGAGAAGGCGCCUGUUGUCCGCAAGUUCCGAGGCAUCCCGGAGAACGUUCAGCUAUUUGAGGUGUUCUGGAAGCAGGUUGUGGAACUGAUCAAGGCGCGGCCAGAUCUCUCCAUACAAGAUAUCACGGCGCUUCUGGUCUCGUUGACCAACCUCUCUGUGAGCUGCUAUCCGGACCGGCUGGAGUAUGUCGAUCAGAUCUUGGGUUUCGCGCACGAUAAAAUCAAGGAGUUCCAAGACAGUCCCGACCUGCAUUCGGCACCUACCAUUAGCAAUCUCGCCGCAUUGCUCGCUGCCCCCAUCAAUUCCUAUCAAUCCGUGCUGACGCUGCUCGCGCUGCCGCGUUAUGCCUCCCUUUUGACGCAGCAACCAUUUUCCUCGCGACGAUCCGUUGCGCACGCGGUCAUCUCGUCUGUUCUCAAGAACGAAACUGUUAUCGAGACACCCGAGGACGUCGAUGGUAUCCUCGAGCUGUGUCAUGUGCUCAUCAAGGACCAGGCCGACGUAGCAGGAACGAGUGGAGGUCCAGGCGACAGGCGAGGACCAUACUAUUUGGAGAGGGAGGAGAUGGCGGAGGAGCAAGGAUGGGUGGCGCGGAUGGUGCAUCUAUUCAGGUCCGAUGCAUUGGAUGUGCAAUUCGAGCUUCUACAAACUGCCCGAAGACAUUUCGAAACAGGGGGCGAGAGGAUGCGGUUCACAUAUCCGGCCCUUAUCACCUCUGGGAUCAAGUUAUGUAGACGAUACAAGAAACAUGGCAUGCCGGAGGAACAAUGGAGACCGAAGGUGGAAAUCAUCCUUCGGUUCAUUCGACAGCUCAUAUCGAUCCUUGCCACGCAAGUCGAGGCUCCCUCAAUCGCCCUUCGUCUGUUCCUGCUUGCAGCACAAGUUAGCGACGAGUGUGACUUUGAGGACCUCACGUACGAUUUGUAUGUGCAGGCGUUCACCGUCUAUGAGGAGAGCAUCUCGGAGAGCCGGGCCCAGCUGCAAGCAAUAACGCUCAUCAUCGGCACGUUGCAAGGUGCACGUGUGUUCGGCGUGGACAAUUACGAUACCUUGAUCACAAAGGCCGCGUUGCAUGGUUCCAAACUUUUGAAGAAGCCUCACCAAGCGGCAGCGGUGAACCUAGCUAGCCAUCUGUGGUGGCAAGACCUCGGACCGGAUGAAGAGAUGCCUGUGCGAUUGGAAAAGCUAGCAGAUGCGGAGGAAGGGGAGAGCAGUCAGAAGGCUUACCCUCAUCAAGAUAGCAAACGCGUGCUUGAAUGUCUGCAGAAAGCUCUACGUAUCGCAAAUUCUGCCACCGAGGAGAUCAUCACCAUCCAGCUGUAUUGUGACACCCUUGACCAAUAUGUGUACUACUUCGAUCGAGGUGCUGAGGCGGUGACGCCGAAGUUUGUGAACAGUCUGGUUGAGCUCAUCACCUCGAGCAUCGACAACAUCUCAUCGCCAGACGUGCACCCUUCGCAACGCGCGCCGCCUGGCUUACUCGAAGGUGUACAAACGCCCGAGAUGAUUGCUCGUCAUUUUAAGAAUACCCUCCUAUACAUCCAGACGAAGAAAGCCGCAGGCGGCGGGCGCUGGGACGAAGUGGAUGUGGUAGGCGCGAUGCUCAAGAUGGGCAUCACGCGAUGAGCUCCUUCGCGGAAGCUGAUUCGACUAUUUUGUUUACGAAAUUGUACGUGCUAUCCGUAUGGAAUGUACAUAAUGGGCAGAGAGGAUGACUUGGGGGUCACGAGCAGGAUGUACCUACUUCGGUUUCGUCUGAUCUUCGGAUGGUUUUU